ACCAUUUCUAAACCAUUGAACGCUAUUGGCAAGAUACUAAGCGAGGCAUUAGACGGAAUUGAUGACGACCGCCGUAGGCCAGAAUCGGGCCAAUGGAAUCACCCAGAACAAAUAUACCAGUAUUCACAAGAUACGCGUACUCCCGAAGGAGGUAGCUAUCCUGGUUCCGUUAUUCAAGCUCCAUAUAAGACACGAGUACGGCCCGCAACACCAUCACCUAGUACUACUCCGAUGACAGGUGGACUUGCUGGACCUCCUCCAUUACCUCCUAGAGGAGCACAAUAUUUCUCCCCUUAUUCAGGAAUGGACGCAUCGCAACGUUCUCAGUCACCAUCGCCUCAAAUGCAAGGAAGAAAUCUCGAGGCGGAGAUUGGGGCAAUCGAAGACGCUCAUCGACAAGCCGCAAAAGAUACAGUUGUACAGAUCUUCCCCACCGUGGAAAGUGAAGUGAUAGAUAUGGUUUUAGAAGCUAAUGGAGGUGAUCUUGGGCGAACCAUAGAUGCUCUUUUGGAGAUUUCUGCGAGUGGAUAA